GCUUCUGAAUGGAUCGUUGAGGAUACUGAAGUCGUCGAUUUCUUUUAGAUUCAACUUUCUGGGAAUUGUUUGUUCGUCUGUUUCUUUUGGGGUCUGGUUGUUGCAAACGAAGUCAAAAGCAGUUGGGUCUUUGUGCUGUUUCAGCAGAAGAAAUGGGGAGGCUGUUUCUGGUGGAACUUGAUGGUAAGGUUUACAGAUGCAAGUUCUGUCGAAGCCACUUAGCCCUCUCCGACGACCUCGUCUCCAGGGCUUUCUAUUGUCGUCGGGGGAAGGCAUACCUUUUCAAUACUGCGGUGAAUAUCAUAGUAGGAGCAAAAGAAGAGCGAAUGAUGCUGUAUGGAAUGCAUACUGUAGCUGAUGUAUUCUGCUGCUGCUGUGGACAGAUACUUGGCUGGAAAUAUGAGGUGGCACAUGAUAAAAAUGAGAAGUACAAGGAAGGGAAAUUUGUUUUGGAAAGGGGGAGGAUAAUUGAUGGAAUUGACUCAGAAGUCUCUGUGGAUCCCUACCCAACCAUGAGCGAUGGUGAAGAUGCUUAGCAACUAUUAACACUUUUGUACAAAUUGGGUGGUAUUAUAUAGCAGUGAAACGAGGUCUACUCUGUUUAUACAUAAUAAAACUUGUAUAUUCCU